CACUGACUGGCACUGAUAGGCGGCACUGACUGGCACUGUUAGCUGGCACUGACUGGCACUGAUGGGUGACACUGAAAGGCAACUCAGAUGGGCACUGAUAUGUGGCAUUGAUGUGCACUGAUGGGCACUGGCACGUGGCACUGGCACGUGGUACUGAUGAGAACUGACAGGUGGCACUUCUGGGGCCACACUGAUCAUCAGGGCACACUGAUCAUCAGUGCCUUGAUGAUCACUGUCAGCGUGACAGCUCGAGAGGAGAGAAAUGGCAAUAACCGGCAUUUCCGUGUUUACAUGUGAUCAGCUGUGAUUGGACACAGCUGAUCACAUGACCGAGCCGCCAUCUUCGGCUCUUUCCGUGAUCUGCUGUGUCUGAGGGACACAGCGCACCGGUGAUCGCCGCGCAUGGGCA